AUGAGCACACUUUUCAAAAAUCUUCGCGUUCAUCAGAUCUUUGGAGCCAACACCGAUGUCGGAAAGACAAUUCUCACUUCUGCUCUCGUUCGAGCCUCUACUAUAAAAAACAACACGGUAUACUACCUCAAACCAGUCAGUACCGGUGCACCUGAAGAUGCUGAUGAUGGACACAUCCAACGAUUUGCUGGACCACAAAAAAGCCUCGUUCAUACCGAGUGUCUGUUUCGUUUCGGAGAUCCAGUCUCUCCUCAUUUAGCUGUGAAGAUGGCAUCAGAUAAAAACGGAGAGACAGUUCGCAGUCCAACCGAUGAAACAUUUGUGAACUCUAUCGCGAGCUACAUCCGGAGGUGCGCGAUGGCCGAUCGUAUGGGACAUAUGUACAUCGAAACUGCAGGAGGUGUUCACAGUCCCACAUUAUCUGGAACGACUCAGGCAGAUGCAUAUCGACCAUUAUUCCUUCCUACGCUUCUUGUCGGUGACGGAAAAUUGGGUGGUAUCUCGUCCACGAUCUCAUCCUACGAGGCAUUGCUUCUACGGGGUUACAUCAUUGACGCCAUCUUACUUUUCCGAGACGAAUAUUACCGGAAUUUUGAAUACCUUACCCCUUACUUUGCCGAGCGAGGUGUUCGUGUUGUUACUGUCGAACCACCACCACCCAGAGCCGAAGAUACAGCAACAAAUGUCUCCAUUACAGAGGAAUACUAUUCCAGGAUUACUUCUACGAGUGGCGAUGGCCUAGUGUACGAUUUACUAUCUCAUCUAGAUGAUUGUCACAGUCAUCGCAUUGAAGAACUGCAGUCGAUGCGCCGUCGCACUCUUGACACAAUAUGGUGGCCAUUUGUUCAACACGGGCUAGUCAAGAGUGAAGAAGACGUCACAGUCAUAGAUAGCGCGUGGUCGGAUUUCUUCAGCGUGUACGAUGCACCUAAGGGAACACCCGGUAAUUCCAAUAAAAAUACAUCGCUUCUGGAACCUCAACUCGAUGGAUCUGCAUCGUGGUGGACGCAGGCACUUGGUCAUGCCCACCCUUCAUUGACGCAAGCAGCAGCGCACGCUUCCGGACGCUAUGGUCAUGUCAUGUUUCCCCAAGCCACCCAUCUUCCAGCUCUGAAGCUUGCCGAGCGUCUCGUCCAUGCAGGACCAGGUAAAGGUUGGGCCUCUCGAGCCUUCUUCAGUGAUGAUGGUUCUACCGGCAUGGAAGUCGCCCUUAAGAUGGCCCUACGUUCAUUUGCGGUCAAAGCUGGCACUACGCUCAGUUCAUCUGCAAAGAAAAAUCUGGGCAUAAUAGGACUGAAAGGUAGCUAUCAUGGCGACACUAUUGGUGCAAUGGAUGCUUGUGAAGAAGGCGUUUAUACCUGCGAGUGGCACAAUGCGAAAGGUUAUUGGUUUGAACCUCCCACCAUUUCCAUUCGACAAGGGGAAGUGACGGUCAGCCUUCCACCAUCUAUAUCCUCAUCGUCGGAUUCAUCCAAUCACGCCAUGCCAUCACUCUCUUCGGUCUACGACGUUGAAUCGCGGCUGCACACAUCCUUAGCCACGGUUUACAGACGUCAUAUUGAAUCCACACUGUCGAAUCUUAUGCACAAAGGCCAGCAGUUUGCCGCACUCGUAUUAGAGCCAUUAGUUAUGGGAGCUGGUGGCAUGAUCUUUAUAGAUCCUCUAUUCCAGCGGGUCAUGAUCGACGUCGUACGAGAUCCUAAACUCUUCCCAGCCAGAGACGGUCCACAAGAUCUCUCACAGGGCCUUCCAGUCAUCUACGACGAAGUAUUUAUUGGCCUUUACCGCCUUGGCUUUUUGAGUUCAACCUCUUUGCUUGGCGUAUAUCCCGAUAUCUCCGUCAAUGCAAAAAUUCUGACGGGUGGACUCGUUCCGAUGGCAGUAACCAUGGCCUCAGAGUCUAUAUUCCAGGCUUUCUGGAGCAAUCAUAAAACAGAUGCGCUACUUCAUGGUCACAGCUACACUGCUCAUCCAAUAGGAUGUGAAGUAGCAAACAAGACUCUUGAUUUACUGGAAAAAAUGACCGAUAGUGAACAAUGGAAGCAAGCGAAACAAAACUGGGUAGAGAAAAAUCUAGAGGAGGGAUCCAGCGAGAUUUGGAGCUUCUGGGACCGGGAUUUCAUCCACUCGUUAUCGCACUUAGAUGUUGUCAAUGAGGUAAUGGCACUGGGGACAGUACUUGCUAUCAAGGUCAAGGAUAAGCAAGCAGGGUACGGAUCGCACUCAGCUCAAAAGUUACUCCAGUCCAUCAAGUUCAGUCCAUCAGACGAUCCCCUGCUAAGUUCAGCACCUGGCGGAGCUCCUUUUGGUAUUCAUUUCAGAACUCUAGGCGAUGUCGCCUACUUCAUGACAAGUCUAAACACACCACGUGCAACGAUAGAGUCUAUCGAGAAUCGACUGUGGAAUACACUGUCCAAUGCUGGAAGUCCGUAA